AUGACCCACCCCGGGCUCCUCACACCUCUGUUGAAAAACUUUAUCGAAAACACCACUUCCUCUUCCCUCUUCGCCCAGACUGAAAGUCACCUUGGCCGUUGUCAGCCACGUGAACCCGAGUAUCCUUCCGACCUAGGUGACAUCCUGGAUAUCCUGCAAGGUUCACCAGCAGCGUCGUCAAGUGAGGAUGAGAUGAAGACGUGGGCGGAUCUUGUCGGUGAGAUGCAGCAGGGUGAAGUGAUUUCGGAGGUAUACGUGGAAGUAGAGGAAUAG